CCAGUGGACAGAGUGGGUUUGCCUGGCCUGGCCAUUUUAUUGUCUGGGCUGUACCUGGAAAAGGGCGCGGUGGCUUCCUUGAAGUGUGAAAGACGAGAAAAAGCAACGGUUCUUGUCAUCGCCGUCCGUCCGCCGCUGCCGCCCCCGCAAGGCUUCGCCGUCGCCACCUCUCGCGAUUCCCCGCGCUCGAUUCUCUCCGCUUCGCUUCCCGCCAACCGCAACCAUUGACGCCAUGUCGGGUUAUUCGAGUGACCGAGACCGCGGCCGGGAUCGAGGGUUUGGUGCCCCUCGAUUUGGAGGAAGUAGGGCAGGGCCCUUAUCUGGAAAGAAGUUUGGAAACCCUGGGGAGAAACUGGUUAAAAAGAAGUGGAAUCUUGACGAGCUGCCCAAAUUUGAGAAGAAUUUUUAUCAGGAACACCCUGAUUUGGCUAGGCGUACAGCACAAGAGGUAGAGACGUACAGAAGAAGCAAGGAAAUUACAGUCAGAGGUCACAACUGUCCAAAGCCAGUCCUGAAUUUUUAUGAAGCAAACUUCCCUGCAAACGUCAUGGAUGUGAUUGCAAGGCAGAACUUUACUGAACCCACAGCUAUUCAAGCUCAGGGAUGGCCAGUUGCUCUAAGUGGAUUGGAUAUGGUUGGGGUAGCACAAACUGGAUCUGGGAAGACGUUGUCUUAUUUGCUGCCUGCCAUCGUCCACAUCAAUCAUCAGCCAUUUCUAGAGAGAGGUGAUGGGCCUAUUUGCUUGGUGCUGGCACCAACUCGGGAACUGGCCCAACAGGUACAGCAAGUAGCUGCUGAAUACUGUAGAGCAUGUCGCCUGAAGUCCACUUGUAUUUAUGGUGGUGCUCCCAAGGGACCACAGAUACGUGAUUUGGAGAGAGGUGUGGAAAUCUGUAUUGCAACACCUGGAAGACUGAUUGACUUUUUAGAAUGUGGGAAAACCAAUCUAAGAAGAACCACUUACCUUGUCCUUGAUGAAGCAGAUAGAAUGCUUGAUAUGGGAUUCGAACCCCAAAUAAGGAAGAUUGUGGAUCAGAUAAGACCUGAUAGGCAAACCCUAAUGUGGAGUGCUACUUGGCCAAAAGAAGUAAGACAGCUCGCUGAAGAUUUCUUGAAAGACUAUAUUCAUAUAAACAUUGGUGCACUAGAACUGAGUGCAAAUCACAACAUUCUUCAGAUUGUGGAUGUGUGUCAUGAUGUAGAAAAGGAUGAAAAGCUUAUUCGUUUAAUGGAAGAGAUCAUGAGUGAGAAGGAGAAUAAAACCAUUGUUUUCGUUGAAACCAAAAGAAGAUGUGAUGAACUCACUAGAAAAAUGAGGAGAGAUGGGUGGCCUGCCAUGGGUAUCCAUGGUGACAAGAGUCAACAGGAACGUGACUGGGUUCUAAAUGAAUUCAAACAUGGAAAGGCUCCUAUUCUGAUUGCUACAGAUGUGGCCUCCAGAGGGCUAGAUGUGGAAGAUGUGAAAUUUGUCAUCAAUUAUGACUACCCUAACUCCUCAGAGGAUUAUAUUCAUCGAAUUGGAAGAACUGCUCGCAGUACCAAAACAGGCACAGCAUACACUUUCUUUACACCUAAUAACAUAAAGCAAGUGAGCGACCUUAUCUCUGUGCUUCGUGAAGCUAAUCAAGCAAUUAAUCCCAAAUUGCUUCAGUUGGUGGAAGACAGAGGUUCAGGUCGUUCCAGGGGUAGAGGAGGCAUGAAGGAUGACCGUCGGGACAGAUACUCUGCGGGCAAAAGGGGUGGAUUUAAUACCUUUAGAGACAGGGAAAAUUAUGACCGAGGUUACUCUAGUCUGCUUAAGAGAGAUUUUGGGGCAAAAACUCAAAAUGGUGUUUACAGUGCUGCAAAUUACACCAAUGGGAGCUUUGGAAGUAAUUUUGUGUCUGCUGGUAUACAGACCAGUUUUAGGACUGGUAAUCCAACAGGGACUUACCAGAAUGGUUAUGAUAGCACUCAGCAAUAUGGAAGUAAUGUUGCAAAUAUGCACAAUGGUAUGAACCAACAGGCAUAUGCAUAUCCUGCUACUGCAGCUGCGCCUAUGAUUGGUUAUCCAAUGCCAACAGGAUAUUCUCAAUAAGACUAGAAGUAUAUGUAAAUGUCUGUUUUUCAUAAUUGCUCUUUAUAUCGUGUGUUAUCAGACAAGAUAGUUAUUUAAGAAACAUGGGAAAUGCAGAAAUGACUGCAGUGCAGCAGUAAUUAUGGUGCACUUUUUCGCUAUUUAAGUUGGAUAUUUCUCUACAUUCCUGAAACAAUUUUUAGGUUUUUUUUGUACUAGAAAAUGCAGGCAGUGUUUUCACAAAAGUAAAUGUACAGUGAUUUGAAAUACAAUAAAUGAAGGCAGUGCAUGGCCUUCCAAUAAAAAAUAUUUGAAGACUGAA